CGGACACGCACGCACCCUCCCUCUCUCUCGCGCGCUUCCUUCCUUCUCCGCGACCGAUUUCUCUUCCCCUUUCCAUCUCCGAUGGUCCCCCCCUCUCUCGAUGUAGUCUCUGCCCUCUCUCUCUCUCUCUCUCUCUCUCUCUCUCUCGCGUACGUUUGGGGGUGUGACGGUUAGGGUUUUGGUUUUGGGGACAGGUUUGCGUGGUAGUGGAGGUGAUUAGUUGUGGUGGUGAUUUGGUAGAUUACAUCAAAUAGAUUCCGCAACCAAUGGCGACAAGCGAUUCUAGGUCAGGGGGACGGGGACGGGGACGGGGACGGGGACGGGGCCGGGGCCGGGGCCGGGCUGGAGUUCAGAUCCCAGUAGAGGUUCCUCAGUUGCCGGUGCAGGUAGAGGGUCCUCAGUUGCCGGUGCAGGUAGAGUACUACAGUAUUGAGGGACAGUGUCGGUUCAUUGACAUUCCUAGUCCAGAAACCGUUGAGCUCACUCUUCCGCCUCACGUGCAGCAGGUGUCUCGGGAGUACGUGGAGGCCUGCUUCCAUGUUAUAAGCGGGUUGAAAGUCCGUGUCCGACAGCAGAGGUGGGCUAUGGAUCAGUUGUGCGUCCGUGGCCGACAGCAGAGGACCACUAUCCGAUGGCAGAGCACCACUAUCCGACAGCUGAGGGACGCUAUAGCUAUGCGGAUGGAGGUGGAUGAGGAGAUGGGGAGCGAGGAUGACGAGGAUGGCUAUGUUACAGAUGCUUCGCCUUUGGCGCAUGACACUUAGUGUUUCCUUUUGUAUGCUUGCUUGUUUGUUAGCGGUUAAGAUUUUAUACCUUUUUAUGUUUAGAGUUUCUCUGUGCAUGAUGGAUAAUACAAGUUGGAUUUAUAUGAAUUUUUCAUUUGUUGACUA